GGCGCCCAUUGGCUCCGCGCAGGCGCAAGCGGAAGCGGCGCGGGGGGGGGGCGCUAAGAUGGCGUACCAGACCUUCCGGCAGGAGUACCUGCAGGUGCCGCCCGUUACGCGGGCCUACACCACGGCCUGUGUCCUCACCACCGCCGCCGUGCAAUUAGAGCUAAUCACACCCUUUCAGCUGUAUUUCAACCCUGAAUUAAUAUUUAAGCACUUUCAAGUAUGGAGGUUAAUCACAAACUACUUAUUCUUUGGACCAGUUGGCUUUAAUUUUUUAUUUAACAUGAUCUUUUUAUAUCGUUACUGCCGCAUGCUUGAAGAAGGCUCUUUCCGAGGUCGGACGGCAGAUUUUGUAUUUAUGUUCCUUUUUGGAGGACUUUUAAUGACUCUUUUUGGCCUGUUUGUGAACUUGGUUUUCUUGGGUCAGGCGUUCACAAUAAUGCUGGUGUAUGUGUGGAGCCGCAGGAACCCCUACGUCCGUAUGAACUUUUUUGGUCUCCUCAUCUUUCAAGCCCCGUUUCUACCCUGGGUCCUGAUGGGCUUUUCGCUGCUUUUGGGGAACUCCAUCAUCGUGGAUCUCCUGGGCAUUGCUGUUGGACAUAUAUACUUUUUCUUAGAGGAUGUCUUUCCCAACCAGCCUGGUGGCGGAAGGCUUCUGAGAACACCUUCUGUCCUGAAGGCAAUAUUUGAUACCCCGGAAGAUGAUCCAAAUUACAAUCCCUUGCCAGAAGAGCGACCGGGUGGAUUUGCGUGGGGAGAGGGUCAGCGCCUUGGAGGGUAAUGAGUGUCUGUGCCAAAACCCAGCGCCAACUGGGAGAGCCUGACCUGAGUGAAGUUCCACACUGGGGACUCUCUCCUUCCCCACUGCAGAAGGGACACUUGUUGACAGCUCUAUGGGUUUGGAUACAAGCACUUUAUGAAAUCGCAGUCUAAUCCAAGACACUUCCAGGUUACCAGUGUCUUUCCCAGUAAGGGAAUUUAUUGUGCUGGUAAUGAAAAUAUUGAUCCAGUGGAGCCAAAAAAACUAAAACUGGAAAUGAUUUCCUGUCAACUACAGUUAACAAGACCAUGCAUACUUGUUUAAAGUGAUUUAUAAAGCUUUUUUUUUUUUUUCCCCGAGUAUUUGAUACAGGAAACUAUACAGGAAACUUUACAGGGGAGAAAACCAACCUUUUGGUUUGAAUUAUUUUUUUUUUAUUCUUGGAUAAUACAACUACAAGAUGGUUGAACAUGUGAGUCCCUAUUUCAAUGGCAAAAGGUUUUUUUAAUCUGAGAUGCUAUUGUCUCCAGUCUUGUUUGGAUUGUAAGAAAUGCAACACGUUGCAUAAUGCAGACUCUGCAUUUUGCCUGUUGGGUUUUGGGAAUGCGCCUGUGUGUGGGUACAUUUGCAGGCUGAGACUGCAUUUUGAUGGCUUUUCCCCCAAAGACUGGGUGUUCAGAUGACCAGGUUUGAGUCUUGCUGGUUUGUCUAAAUAGGUAGUUCUAAAAAAAUCUACCCCCACAAACACUUUUAAUGGUUAUCAAGUGGCUUGGAGUACUAGAGAAAAAAACUUGUCUAGAGUCAGAACUGCUCCAAUAUCUCAGAUGAUGAGUUGAAUAAAAUGUCUUGUGGAUCCUUUUUUGUUAAUCUUUUGUAUAAUCCUGUAGUCUUGAGACAGCUGGUGAAAAAGCAGAGGUUGGAAAAAGCAAGUCCCAGAAGAGGUGGCAUUAAUGCAAGCUUUGCCCACCGGUCUGUCUCAGAACUGCUAGGAAAUAUAAAUAUCUAAGGAGCCACACAGGGUAUUUGGAGCCCAGUUCAACUCGUUGCUUUCUGUCAGUCUCGAUGCUAUGGAUUCUUCUAGGUAACAAUUAUAUUGUAAUAGGUAAAAAGAGAUAUAGUGGAAACUCCAUGUUCCUCUUAAAUUUGGGAGGAUAGGCUUACCCUUCACGCAUGUGGUUGUCUUGUUUAGUCUCAGAUUUUGCUGUUCUUAAACUGGCUAUGGGUUUUUAACUUGUUUGUAGUCCAGGAGAUGAAUGUGUUGGGAUCUCCUGGGGUGAUGCUUAGGCCACAAGCAGCGUAUUAGAUUCUGGUAAACAAAACUGGUGACUCCA